AUUCACAUUCUGUGUCUUCUUUCAAUUCUCAUAGUAUAAAGAUGAAUUUCUUGUAUAACCCCAAAUGAUGGGUCUGAAAAUUCAUAUAAUAUAACCCAUCUUUCUUUUUCUUUCUAGAAUUUCAGUUUUCCCAGUGAACCCAUAAAUCUUUACAUUGAUCCCUUCAAUUCUUUAAUACUCUCCUUCCAACAUUCAAAAUUUUUUUUUUCUAUUUUUGCUGGGUUUUGUGUAUUUACAUGUUGUUCUUGAAAUUCUUUACGAUUGAAGAUAACCCUUUUGGUUUUUUCUUGAAUUGAGAGUGUGAGAAAGAAGAAGAAGAAGAAGAAGCAAGAAUCAUGCCUGUGUGGAAGAAAGCGAAGGGGAAUCGAAUCACCCAAUUGGUGGCGGAUCACAUCCAGUCGCCGAAACAUGGCGGAUCUUUGGUGGUGGAAACUGGUUUUCCGACCUCUCUCGUCGAUCUGUUCGUCAAGAAUCGAGAUCGAUUGAAGAAACCCUCUAAGAAAUCGUCGAAAAAGAAGAGAUUCGAGUCGAUUCCUGAUCCAAUUCCCAUCCCUGAUCGUUCCUCUUCGCCGAGUUCUACCACUCUGAGCACUCCAAACUCGCAUCCCAGACCCAAUUCGCCGCUUGUUUCAUCAAAUUCCACGCCUUCGAGUUUGCGAUCGCCGAAUUCUGGGUUGUGUCCGCCGAGUGUUUGUGGUUUGGCCUCUGGGCAUCCGAGUCCUGCACGGAGUUCCUCAUCGGGUAACCAGAUUGAUGCGAUUCAGGACAGUUUUGUGGUGGGUGAUUGUAAGGAUUCAAGCGGUGGUAAUGUUGUGGAUGCGAAUCGGGUUUUUGUCGCGAUUUCGAAGAUGUUUUUGGUGGUAGUUUUGGCUUUGUGCACAAAGAAAUUUGUUGUUGGGAUAACAAUGUCAGCUUUCUUGCUAUUUUUCAUGGAAUAUGCAGGGAAGCAUUGCUGUCGGUUGUUUAGACCGUGCGCCAAUGCACAGUUGUCAUUGCAAUUUUUGGUUCAAAGGGGUUUGUGUUUUGUUGGGAUCAAAAGGGACAAGAUGGUAAACAAAGAAAAGGGUUUGAAGGCACAAAAAGGGUCAGCACCUGUUGUUGCGGAUUGUUUUGGGUUGAUUGAGAAUCACAAGAUUGGAGGAGGUCCCAAUCAAGAAAUUCAAAUUGAGGAACCUAGUGCCAAUUUGAGCGAGAUUCAAAGUGCGAAAUACGCGUUUGGUUCGCGCAGUAGCAAGGAAAAAUGGGUAUGUGAAGAAAUGGGCAAAAACGAGGUUAUGGAGAAAGGAGAGGCAUGUGUUAGUGAUGUUGUUGUGGAUCUUAAAGGCCAAAGAACUCGUAGUGGUAGGCUAACGUCGAAGAUCAAGAAACUUGUCCCAAAGAAGUUUCGUAGUUCAAAGAAGACAAAAUUGAAUUUGAAGAGUGAAGAACUAGUUUUCGUUGAAGAUAAAGAACAUAUAGAAGAUGGGGAGCAAAGUGGAUUGGAAUAUGAUGAGAAAUCAUGGUCAUUAUCGAGUGGAUUAUCAAGUAGAGUGAAUGGUGAUCAAAUAGAUGAAAUGCAGAGUUCCACUGAAAUUUCUCAGUCUGAAAUCGAAGAUAGCAUAGUAAAGGAAAAGAUUGGAACGAAAAUAGAGAGGAAUUCAGGGUAUCUCUUUCUGGUUGUGAUCGUUCUUGUUGGACUUGUUGGAGGUCGGGUUUUGGCAUUUGCACUUGCCUUGUCAUGGUAUGUGCUGCUGAAAUCGGUUGCGACUAUAAAGAAAUUUAUAAAAGGUUCCUCUGCUGAUUGAUAUAUGUUUGUAGACACCUUUCGAUCCCUUAUGUUCAUGGUGCUGUUUGCUUCUGUGAAUUUUUUUUCUUUUAAGCCUCAAUUUGUUGUAUGAGAUGAGAGCUUACUAUGGUAGAAGCUUCAACCACUGGUUGGCAACCCAACAUGAGUGGGUUGUACUACGAACUGUAAAUUAACAGAUACAAGUUACCAUUUAUGAUACUUCUUUGAUCUCUUUGGCAUCAAAA